UAGAGUUGUGGAGCACAGAGGGGUUGAGUAAAAAAAAAAGGAAGCCACGUUGACACAAAAAGUGGUGUUUUCAGUUUUUUUGUACCUCCGGGAAAUAACGGUCACGUCCUCAAUCUCCAUCUGUCAAGUCAAGGAACCUCAGGUGAAACAUACAGACAGGAUUUCACAGUCCAAAGGAGCCACAUCAUCGAGCAGGAUGAGUGUUGGAUUCAUUGGAGCGGGCCAACUGGCUCACGCGCUGGUGAAAGGGUUCACGGCUGCAGGUGUGAUUGCCACGCACAGGAUUACAGCCAGCUCCCCAGACACAGACCUGCCCACUGUGUUGGGGCUGAGGAAAAUGGGGGUGAACCUGACAACUAGCAACAAAGAGACUGUCAGUAAGAGCGACGUGCUCUUCCUGGCUGUGAAACCCCACAUCAUCCCCUUCGUUCUGGAUGAGAUUGGUCCAGACAUCGAGGACCGUCAUCUCAUAGUGUCCUGUGCAGCAGGUGUCACCAUCAGCUCCAUAGAGAAGAAGCUGCUUCAGUACCGCUCAGCUCCUAAAGUCAUGAGGUGUAUGACGAAUACUCCGGUGGUGGUGAGAGAAGGGGCAACAGUGUACGCCACUGGGACACAUGCAGAGGUGGAGGACGGCAAGUUGCUGGAGCAGCUCAUGGCCAGUGUGGGUUUCUGCACUGAGGUGGAGGAGGACCUCAUUGACGCUGUCACUGGGCUGAGUGGCAGUGGACCAGCCUAUGCGUUCACAGCUCUGGAUGCUCUUGCAGACGGAGGAGUGAAGAUGGGUUUGCCAAGGAGACUGGCUGUCAGACUUGGAGCUCAAGCCCUAUUGGGAGCAGCUAAGAUGUUGCUGGACUCGGAGCAGCACCCCAGCCAGCUGAAGGACAACGUGUGCUCACCAGGGGGUGCCACCAUCCACGCCCUGCAUGUCAUGGAGAGUGGUGGCUUCCGCAGCCUUCUGAUCAACGCAGUGGAGGCCUCCUGCAUUAGGACACGGGAGCUGCAGUUUCUGGCAGACCAGGAGCGCAUCUCUCCAGCAGCCAUUAAGAAAACGACACUGGACAAGGUGCUUCAGCAGCCCGGAGUCACAGUCAGUGGAGUGGCUAAUGGGAACGGCAGAUCGGGGCUCAGCCUGUUCAACACCCGCAGCCCUGGGAUCAAGAAGAACUGAGUGCACAGGGGCAGGCGCACACACAGUAAAUUACAGGUUUAAGUGCACCACUGUGUACACAUGUGGGGAUUUACUUACAUCAUACAGCUGUUUAGCCAUAAAAAAGGGGACUCACAACUGGUCUGAAAUUGCAUCCAAAUUGGCAUAAAUGCCAAAUUAUUUAUUCACACUUGAGAUACAUGUGGGCCGUGGACCCAGUGGUGUCUGGGUGUGCUGCUCCCAGUUAUAGCCUUAUGUUGUGAUGUAGGAUUACUGUCGCACAUACACACUGAAGAACAAAAGUGCUUUUACAAUCUGUUGUCUGUCUGUGUUUGGGCUCUGGACUAUCUGGGGCUAUUUAACAGUAAUGAUCCAGUGGGCCACCCUGGGAUCAUGUUACACAGCAGAUGGCUGCUGGGAUACCAUCAGGCUUUUAAUGUACACCUUUAAUGUCUUUAAAAAUGAAGUCACAGUGUAAAUCGUCACCUACCCUUCUUUUGUUUGUACAAAUAACUGUUUUUGUUUGACCAACAGUGUUAUAUAGUUACCAAAGACUGAAUAUGGAUCGAACAAAUGUUUUAUUAACUUUAUAUUUGGGUCUUUUUUUGAUCGUCGUUCAUGGACAGUGUGCUCUUCAUGGAAUGCUGUAACAAAGUCACAAUGAAUCACACACUGAACAAUAUAUUCCCAAAUACUGUGGUGUAAAAGAAUUACAUCAGCCAUCAGUCCGUCCUAAUUUUGUAUUGGUCUGUAUAUUUUCAUCCCCUUGUUAAAUGUUGUGUAUUUUGUUUGUUGUCUGGCAUAUCAACCACUGUGUUGGUUUGGCAAUCCAGAAGUCCAUAUUAAACAAGCAGAAUCAAA